CCCCCCCCCCCCAAAAAAAAAACGAAAACCCCUCACAGAUGGAGCUUGCUGAUUUCUCAUGUCAUGUAUGUGAGGUGUAGGCAGAGACAAAAGAGCAAUGCUUCGGUUUUGCUUUUGUUGUCUUCCUUGAACCUGCAGACUAAGACAAAGUUUCCAUUCAAACUUAAAUGGUUUCAGCAGCCAGUUUUUGGGGUUUUCCGGGCAUCUCAAAGAAGUCCCCGGACGCGGUAGCAAGGUUGGUUCUUUUGUGAUGAUCCUUUUCUGGGUAGUGCAAUAAACCCAUACCCUCCUGCUUGGUGGUGGUUUUUUGGAUUCAAAUGGAGCUAAUGCAGCCUGAAAGGUACCGUCUAGCCUGUGCCCAGAGCCAUUUAUGAAGGAGUUAAGGUAGCUUUGGAGCUUUGAAUUGGGGAUUUUUUAGGUUGGAUUAAGUCCUCUCAGUCUUAUAUCUCUGUCUUGAGAGAUCUUGUUAUUUCUCAAAUGGGUCUCGGCUUGUUUGGUUACGUCCUGGUUUUGGCCAUUUGCACUAGGCCUUUGGCUUCUCAACAGCCAAACACGGACGGGUCUUUUGUGUCUGAAUUCUUGCGGAAGAUGGGUCUCGCUUCUUCGCAUGUCUACGACUUCUCUUCUCCUGUUUGCUCAUGGCAGGGAGUUUUCUGUGAUGCCGAACAAAAGAAUGUCGUCAAGUUUCUAGCUCCCGGUUUGGGUCUCUCUGGUCCUAUUCCUGAUACUACCCUGGGGAAGCUUAGCAAGCUCCAGACUUUGGAUCUUAGCAACAACAAAAUCACUGGGUUGGCUUCAGAUUUCUGGAGUUUAGGCUCACUUAAGAGCCUAAACCUCUCCUCCAACCAGAUUUCUGGGUCUCUCUCGAGCAACAUUGGCAACUUUGGUUCACUUGAAGUUAUUGAUGUUUCUGGCAACAAUUUCUCGGGUGAAAUUCCUGCAGCUAUAGGCUCUCUUCAGAGUCUUCAAGUCCUCAAACUAGAUGGGAAUGGGUUUCAAUGGAGCAUUCCACCCAGCAUUCUGAGUUGUCAGUCUCUUGUCCUCAUUGACCUUUCAUCAAAUCAGCUAAAUGGGUCUCUUCCUAAUGUCUUCGGUGCCGCAUUCCCCAAUCUCAAAACCUUGAACCUAGCAAACAAUGAGAUUCAUGGGCAUGACGUGGAUUUCUCAGGGCUGAAAUCGAUCACCACUCUCAACAUUUCCCAGAAUUCGUUUCAAGGAUCGGUGCUCGGUGCCUUCCAGGAGAUGUUGCAGAUUGUUGACCUGAGCAAGAACCAGUUCCAAGGUCACAUUUCUCAGGUACGGUUCAAUUCCACCUAUAACUGGUCCAAUCUGGUUUAUCUAGAUUUGUCAGAGAAUCAGCUCAGCGGAGAGAUUUUACACAGUUUGAAUGAAUCCCGGAACCUUAGAUACCUAAAUCUUGCACAUAAUAGAUUUACCAGGCGGGAGUUCCCAAGAAUUGAAGUCCUCUCUGGUUUAGAAUAUCUUAAUUUGUCCAAGACGAGCCUCACUGGUCACAUUCCCGGUGAAAUCUCGGAGUUGAGUCAUUUGAAGACACUCGAUCUCUCUGAGAAUCAUCUCAGUGGCCAAAUCCCCCUUCUUAGCGUUCAAGGCCUCCAAAACCUCGAUGUUUCUCAAAAUAAUUUGACCGGAGAAAUCCCGAUGUCGCUCUUGGAUAAGCUCCCUCGGAUGGAGCGAUACAACUUCUCUUACAACAACUUAACCUUCUGUGCAAAUGGAAUUUCCCCAGAAAACCUCCAAAAUGCCUUCUUGGGGUCAACGAAUAGCUGCCCCAUUGCUGCCAACCCAGCAUUCUUUAAAAGAAAAGCUCCCCGAGAUAAGGGACUCAAGCUUGCGCUUGCUUUAUCCCUCUCAAUGGUCUGUUUGCUUGCUGGACUGCUAUUUCUGGCCUUCGGUUGCAGAAGAAAAACAAAACUGUGGGCUGUAAAACAGACCUCAUACAAGGAAGAGCAACAGAUUUCGGGCCCUUUCUCGUUUCAAACCGAUUCAACCACAUGGGUAGCCGAUGUAAAGCAAGCCACAUCAGUCUCGGUUGUAAUAUUUGAGAAGCCUUUGUUGAAUAUCACAUUUGCCGACCUCUUGUCUGCAACAUCAAAUUUUGACCGCGGCACCCUUUUGGCCGAGGGAAAGUUUGGGCCUGUGUACAGGGGAUUCCUGCCCGGUGGAAUCCAUGUAGCUGUCAAAGUUUUGGUUCAUGGAUCCACAUUGACCGAUCAAGAUGUGGCCAAGGAGCUUGAGUAUCUUGGCCGGAUCAAACACCCGAAUCUUGUCCCGCUAACUGGAUACUGCUUAGCCGGGGAUCAAAGGAUUGCUAUAUAUGAUUACAUGGAGAACGGGAACUUGCAGAACUUGCUUCACGACUUGCCACUGGGUGUUCAGACGACAGAGGACUGGAGCACGGAUACGUGGGAGGACGACGAGAAUAAUGGCAUUCAAAAUGUCGGAUCUGAAGCACUAUUGACCACUUGGAGAUUUCGACACAAAAUAGCCCUUGGCACUGCGAGAGCUCUCGCAUUUCUACACCACGGGUGCUUCCCUUCGAUAAUACAUCGGGAUGUUAAAGCUAGUAGUGUUUACCUCGACUACAACUUGGAACCGAGAUUAUCUGAUUUUGGGUUGGCUAAGGUGUUUGGAAAUGGAUUGGAUGAAGAAAUUGCUCGCGGGUCACCCGGGUAUGUUCCGCCAGAAUUCUCUGAACCUGGAUAUGAGUCCCCAACAUCGAAAUCCGAUGUAUAUUGCUUUGGCGUGGUUCUUUUUGAGCUCAUUACAGGGAAAAAGCCAAUUGGAGAUGAAUAUCCAGAGGAGAAAGAGGCGAAUUUGGUGAAUUGGGUUAGGGGGUUGGUGAGACAGAGCCAGGGAUCAAGAGCCAUUGAUCCAAAACUUCGCAAUACCGGACCUGAUGACCAGAUGGAAGAAGCCCUUAAGAUCGGCUAUCUCUGCACGGCCAACCUCCCCUCGAAGCGGCCGAGCAUGCAGCAGGUAGUUGGACUUCUUAAAGAUAUCGAGCCAGUCUAGGUGUUUGAUUAAGUGAGGAAAAAACAAGAAACAAAAAGGAAAAAAAAAUUGAAGCUUGAUGUUGGUUUAUUCAUUUUCUCGCUCUGCUCAUGAAUUUGAUGAAUCUCUAGUUCUUCAAGUGCUGCUAAGGUUAAGGAAGGAGUUGUAUAGUAUUCCUGAACUUUCAUGUUUUGGCUACUAAGCCUUCUCUUUUGUUUUAUUUCCGGUAGUAUAGAAGCUUAAUUUAUACAUGGAAGUCCAAUUUUCCCGAC